UAACCCCCUCUAGUGCUGAUCCUCCUCUACAGAUGCGCACAGUCUCCGUCGCCGCGUGCUUCGAUCAUCUCCUCCUCCUUCUCCUCCUGCGCCCUCUUCAAUCGUCAGCCUUUCAGAACCUCGCUCGCUGCAGGAGCGGUCCGGACAGGAGGCACAUCUCGGAGCACGAUCGGGACAACCGCCGCGCGCGCGAUGAAGCCUCAGUGCAAAGAUAUUUGCGCGAUGCUUGAAGUGCUGCAGUAACUUAGAGCUGGCAGGAAAUAUGCGAAGUUUUGAAGCAGUUUAUUGUUUCAUGAUUGAUGAUUGAUAUUUUGUCAACUUACCUCUUGGCAUCUUUAUUGCUGCUGCACGGUGAAGGGAUGGAUCUCGUGAUGAGCAACAAACGGGACUAAAUGUAAUCAGGAGCAGAGCAGGUGGUGCUUUUUUUUUUGGACGACCCUGUCGCGAUUUUUUUUCUUCCCGGCCACGCUCGCUCUCGGCUCUGCUGCAGUCGGUGACCGAUGUUGCAGCAGAUAUGAGUGUCGGACCACGAUUUGUCCCCGUUGUACUUUUUCUUGGAAUUGUCCUCACUCGCUGUGGCCACUGUAACCAAGUUGUGCUGCUGGAUACAACGUCUGUGCUAGGAGAGCUCGGAUGGAAGACGUAUCCUAUAAAUGGGUGGGAUGCCAUCACAGAGAUGGAUGAGCACAAUCGGCCCAUUCAUACCUUUCAGGUGUGCAACGUGAUGGAGCCCAACCAGAACAACUGGCUUCGAUCCAACUGGAUUUCUCGGCAAGCAGCCCAAAAAAUCUACGUGGAGCUUCGCUUCACCUUACGCGACUGCAACUCCAUCCCUUGGGUUUCUGGCACGUGCAAGGAGACCUUCAACCUCUUUUAUUAUGAGACUGAUGAGGCACAUGGCAUAAAAUUCAAACCUGCUCAAUACACUAAGAUCGACACCAUUGCCGCAGAUGAGAGCUUCACUCAGAUGGAUCUCGGAGACCGCAUUCUGAAGCUCAACACUGAGGUGCGCGAGGUGGGACCCAUGACCAAGAAUGGCUUUUAUCUUGCAUUCCAGGACAUCGGGGCCUGCAUCGCUUUGGUCUCAGUGAGAGUCUACUAUAAGAAAUGCCCUUUCACAUUGAGAAACCUGGCCUCGUUUCCAGACACGGUGCCACGUGUGGACUCAUCCUCAUUGGUGGAGGUGAGGGGGGCAUGUAUUGAUCAUGCUGAAGAAAGGGACACACCCAAGCUCUUCUGUGGAGCUGAUGGGGACUGGUUAGUCCCCCUUGGAAGAUGUGUUUGCAGUGUCGGGUAUGAGGAGAUCGCCGGCUCCUGCAUUGCAUGCCAGCCAGGCUUCUACAAGGCUUUUGCUGGAAACAUCAAGUGUUCAAAGUGCCCGAUAAAUAGUUUCAGCUACGGAGAAGGUGCUGCAGUCUGCCGUUGUGAAGUUGGGUAUUUCAGGGCUGGAAAAGACCCUCCAACAAUGGCUUGCACACGUCCUCCGUCCCCUCCACGUAACUUACUUUUCAACCUCAAUGACACAUGUCUGAUGCUGGAAUGGUCACCCCCCAGUGACACCGGGGGACGCCGAGACCUAACUUACAAUGUCCAAUGUAAACGCUGUGGUCCAGAGCCUGGCCAAUGCCAACUUUGUGAGGAGGAGCUGCGUUUCCUUCCCCAACCGUUAGGCCUGACUACCGCCUCUGUCACCGUCAUGGACUUCUCGGCGCACGCUAAUUAUACCUUUGAGAUCGAAUCACUCAACGGCGUUUCAGACAUGAGCUCAUUCCCUCGACAAGUCGCCAUCAUUACCGUCAGCACCAAUCAGGGCGGUCCCUCACUGGUGGGGUCUCUGAAGAAGGACUGGGCCUCUCCCAACAGCAUCGCUCUCUCCUGGCAGCAGCCCAAAGAAACAGUGUUGCCCAUUCUCGACUACGAGAUCAAAUACUAUGAAAAGGAACGUGACCAGCUGAGUUAUUCUUCAACUAGCACCAAGGAUCCUAGUGUGAUCAUCACAGGCUUGAAACCAGCCACCUGGUACGUCUUCAGUGUCCGCACCCGCACGCCAUCUGGAUACAGCUCCUACGCCACCCGUUAUGAAUACAAAACUACUGGAAAUUCAUCGGACCUGGCCUCUGACCAAGGUCAGGUUUUGGUCAUCGUUACAGCAGCAGUGGGCGGCUUUACCCUUAUCGUCAUCCUCACCCUCUUCCUCCUCAUUACUGGAAGGUGUCAGUGGUACAUCAAGGCCAAGAUGACCUCCGAGGAUAAGAGGAGGACCGAUUAUCAGAACGGACACGUUCCUUUCCCUGGGAUUAAGACCUAUGUGGACCCCGACACUUAUGAAGACCCAGCGCAGGCCAUCCAUGAGUUUACCAAGGAGAUCGAUCCAUCUCGGAUCCGAAUUGAGAGGGUGAUUGGAGCCGGUGAGUUUGGAGAGGUGUGCAGUGGCCGACUGAGAACACCCGGUAAGAAGGAGAUAGCUGUGGCAAUAAAGACACUGAAAGGUGGCUAUGUGGAGCGUCAGAGGCGGGACUUCCUGCGCGAGGCUUCCAUCAUGGGGCAGUUCGAUCACCCCAACAUCAUCAGGCUGGAGGGUGUCGUCACAAAAAGCAGGCCAGUGAUGAUUGUGGUGGAGUAUAUGGAAAAUGGAUCACUGGACUCAUUUUUGAGGCAACACGAUGGUCACUUCACUGUCAUUCAGCUGGUGGGCAUGCUACGUGGCAUCGCCUCAGGAAUGAUGUAUCUGUCAGACAUGGGCUACGUUCAUCGAGACCUAGCAGCUCGAAACAUCUUAGUCAACAGCAACCUGGUGUGUAAAGUGUCAGAUUUCGGUCUGUCCCGAAUCCUGGAGGAUGAUCCCGAGGCUGCGUACACAACGACGGGUGGAAAGAUCCCAAUCCGAUGGACAGCUCCAGAAGCCAUUUCAUACCGAAAAUUCUCCUCAGCCAGUGAUGCAUGGAGUUAUGGCAUUGUCAUGUGGGAAGUGAUGUCCUAUGGGGAGCGGCCAUAUUGGGAGAUGUCUAAUCAGGACGUAAUUCUGUCUAUCGAGGAGGGCUACCGGCUUCCGGCACCAAUGGGCUGCCCUGUGGCCCUCCACCAACUGAUGCUGCACUGCUGGCAGACAGAAAGAAGUCAUCGGCCCAGAUUUGCAGAUGUCGUCUCCUUCUUGGAUAAACUCAUCCGCAAUCCCGGCAGUUUAUUGCCACUGGUCGAGGACAUUCAGAGCCUACCGGAGUCUCCUGUGGAGGAAAUGGACUACCCACUGUUUAUCUCUAUUGGCGACUGGCUGGACUCCAUCAAAAUGAGUCAGUACAAAAGUAACUUCAUGGCAGCGGGCUACAACACAUUGGAUUCUGUAGCAAGGAUGAGUAUCGGGGAUGUAAGGCGUAUCGGGGUGGAUCUGAUUGGCCAUCAACGGAGGAUUAUCAGCAGCAUACAGACCCUCCACCUCCAGCUACUGCACGAACAGGAGAAAGGCUUCCACGUAUGAGGUCGCCCUUUCACGUGACUUGGAAUGGACACAUUGGUGCAGCAGAUGGCCGUGAAGUCUAGACUGUGCAAGAGACACUUUACAGCCUGUGCCUGAGACUAAUUCCCAUGGACAGUCUGUAGGAAGGACGUCAUUGGACUGGACAGACUGCCUCCCAGGCUAGCAGUUACGAGCAGACACUUUUUCUACUACACACCCCUUACCCAGUAUAGCUGGUCUGACCAGACUAUUUUUAGACCGCCCAAAAGACUUUACGGUCUGGCCCAGGCCUUCACUUAUAGGGGAAUGUAAUGCCUUGUUACAGCUGCGGUAUUUUUUUGUGUGGAGGUACAUUAUCGUAGACAUGUAGAUUUAUGGACAUAAUCUACAUAAUUUUUGGCGUUUCUUUUUUUCUUGGAAAAAAAUAUAUACCGUCACCACUUUUCAUUUUGUAAUAUGAUCAUUGAUCAUGUGUGCAUUACUUGACUCUCUGUCUUUGGAGUCUGGACCAUUAAUACUUGAAGAAAGUGGUGAGAAGCAAGUCGAGGAGAUUUCUUGAACGUUAAAGUGUAUAGGCAAGUAAUCGAUAAUUAUUAACAUGACCGCAUAUCUUUAUACAGUAUGUGCAGAUCUAUAUGUAAAAGGCCUAGUCAAUCUGAAUCUUAUUUCAAAUCGUUUAUUUAUUUAUGUCAGAUCAGCAAUAAUCAUGCAGUCACCUCAGUGUCUCAGAUGAAUUGUGCAAUGGGAGACAACAAACAUGGAGCCUACAAACCAUCCUUGUUUUUGUUUUUUCUAUGACACAUUUGGAGCUCGCUAAACAGGAUUGUUUGCCUCCAUGAAGAAAAAAAAAAAGAGCAACUUCAAAAAAAAUUUAAUUGUGGAUUUUAAGUGUUGCCCGGCAGAAAACUGUCACUGCUGUCUUAACAUACAGUAUGAAUGUUCAGAUAACUUAUCAAUAAGUAUAUUAUAUCCUUUUAACAUAUAUUUAUAUAAAUAACCUAGACCUUUAUGGUUCUUCAGGAUUAUGACAAAUACUAUGGGUAUUAUUCAUUUGCACAGGUGAUUAAUGGCAGUCGGGUCAGAACGAACUGUGUAUUCAGAGCAAGGCCACAUCGUGUGUUUUACGGUCAUUCUGAUAGGCAGGCCACUGUGUGCUUACCUUGUGAUCAUGUAAAGGUUGUGGAAUUUGUGGCAGUAUAGGAAUCAAGUGUACAUAAAAGUAGUCUGAAAUGAAAACCUUUGGAUCUGCAGUAGUUGAUGUCAUGUUGUCAGAUGCUUGCCAUUAAAAUUAUUUAUCUUCAUUGGGGAAAACAAUGUUAAACAGACGGUGAUAUAAAUAUGGAAAAACAAAUAUGAGUAGGCUUUCUUGGUGGAAUCACGGGGAGUCGGCAAGGCUGGCAGCUUUUCCAAGUCAUGACGCAGUUAUCGGAGAGAGCACGAACAUAAACAGCAGCAUCUUAAUUGAUCUUGUCCGACAAGCAACAUUAACAUGCACACACAUCUAUGCCUUACAGUCUGUUCACACUUAAGUAAACACAUUUCAGUGGAAUCUAAGGACCUACGGUAUCCCUUAAAUCCAGUUAUAGACCAUAUACAUCGGAGUGAAAAAAAUAAACUGGCAGCAGAGAGCUGCUCCAUUCAGUCUUCGUAUGCCGCCAGCCAUCAGGAAUCAGAAAGUUUUGCACACGCACACACACGCACACACACACACACACACACAGAGUUUCAACUGUACAUUACAUCCACUUUCACUGGCACAAAACCAUCUACAGUCAAUGGGAAAUAUCAGAUGCUGUUUGUUGAGCAUGUUCUACUGCUGAGCAAUGUUAGAACGUUCUUUUGUACAAAGUACAAGUAUACUAAUGAUUACAAUUCUUGUAUUUUAUUUUUUUAUAAUUUCCAAAGAGAUGUUGUAGAUCUUGCACACCGAAAGAGGCAGUUAACUGCAGAUAUUUAUUUGAAAAAUAAAUCCGUAAAGCUCA